AUGUUUCAAUACUACAGACAAGCCAUCGUCUGCUACGCGUAUCUCGAAGACUUCCCCGAAGGCGCAGUACUCAAAGGAGGACUGUCCCAAUGCCGAUGGUUCACCAGAGGCUGGACGCUACAAGAACUGCUCGCCCCAGGCAUUGUCGAGUUCUACGCCCAAGGAUGGAAGUUCGUUGGAACCAAACACGAGCAAGCGGCCGCCAUAUCUCGUUUCACCAACAUACCCGAGUCGGUGUUGACGCACGCGCGGAGAGACAUCAUAGCCGAGCAAUCCGUGUCUGCUCGCAUGUCAUGGGCUUCACAAAGGCGGACGAAACGGAAAGAGGAUAUGGCGUACUGCCUUCUUGGUAUAUUCGACGUUAACAUGCCGUUGAUCUACGGCGAGGGUACAAAGGCGUUCCGACGUCUGCAACAAGAGAUCAUCAAGCGCGACAACGACCUCAGCAUCUUCGCCUGGAACAGCAUGUCGGAAAAUCAGAACAACGACCUGGUCGAGAUAUUCGCCAGCUCACCGGCUGCUUUUGAGGAUGUAUUUGCCGCAAGCGUCCACAAACACCAACUGGCCGAGUUCUCCGUCACCAAUCGCGGCCUCCUACUUGGCGGCGACUUUGAGAUAUACGGCUGGUACGGUGAGCGCGGUUAUACCGGCAUUCCGAAACACUACGUCCUCUUGGUCGGGGAAUCGAAGAAAGACGACAGCAGUAUAGGAAUAUUUCUCCGGAAAUGCGGUCCCGGGCUGUUUUGCCGCAUUGGCGGGUUGCCUUUGGCCAGGCUGCCGAAUAAAAUCAUCACAUACUCCGCGCAGGAGCUCAUGAAUUCAGUCUACCUUUCAACGGAUGCCUUCCUCAAACACUCGAUUACCCGCCUGGUGUCCUUCCGUCACGAUGGCCUGCAUAUUCCCGUCCAGGAACAUCUCCGAAUGCGAUCGGUGGCCCCGCUGCAUGCAUGGGAUCAUCUCGACAGGACUUUUCUUGUUCCAAAGGCCUGGGACCAAAAUGUAAGCCAGCUGGUACUGGCUGCUCAGUUCAGCGUAACGAUUGCGGGGUACACAGCCGAGAUAGUGGUUAUCUGUCCAGCUCAUAAAGACAAAGCUCCGAUAGUAUUCCUCGCGAAAGAUUAUCUUCGCGAGACGAGAUUCUUAUUCACAGACAAAGCUGGCAAGGAGGGUAUUUUCUGGGAAGACUUGGUGAAACUAUUACCCAAGCUCCCGUAUCUGAACAGCGGGCAUGUUUAUGUCAAACCCAAGCAUGCAUUCAAGAUUAGCGUCAGUUUGCAGACGACCACAAUCGAUACCGAUUGUGGCCCGAUCAGCGUCAGAAGCCUGACCUCGUCAGUUACAUCUGUAUAG